AUGGUCAACAUCAUGUAUGACGUGCGUAGAGUGCACUACUUCUUUCCAGGGGCUGGAUACAUCCCGUUAUUACCGUGCGCUGUUAACUAUACAUAUGUCCGAUGGCGAACCGAAAAUGUUAAGUGGGAGCUCGACGAGAUGGCGGAAAAAGAAGGCGGGCCAGAGAGCGGAGCGGGUAUGCGUAACGGAGCGGCGAUACAGUAUAUAACCUUCGAAAGCAGCCCGCCGGCAGCACGGGCUCUGAUAUUCAGGAAAUCCGGGCCCCCAAUGGUUCAACCCCCAUGGAUUCGAAUACCGCAGCACGAUAAAUACUGCAAAGAACCCGAUACCGGCGUACGUUCGAUGGCGGAGGAUUCGGACGAGGGACUCGUAGAUUUUGAGACUGUCAAGCUCGAACCGAUCGAAAACAAUGGUGGCGGGUCCGCGCCAACUUCGCUCUCGAGCUGGCGAACAGGAAUGAUCUCGUGUAUCCUCUGCAUGUCGGUGGGGUUCCUGCUCAAUCUAAUCAUCACCAUCUGGGCGGUGGCAAAGUUCUCGAUCCACGACGGACUCGGAACUGUCUAUGAGGGCUCCUGCGCAGAAGUUAAGACGCUGUCGUGCUUGAUGAGCCCUACUCGCGAGGAGGUUGAUCGAGCCCACGCAAAGGGAGAGUGGCUCGACAUCGGCGUGCCGAGCGUCAGGAAUUUGUGGAGCGUCAAGCGGAGACGGAUGAUGCUGUGGUGGUUCCUCGCAUUCACUUCAGUACCGCUGCAUUUGCUAUUUGAUGUACCUGACGAGCUUUUGGUUUAUGCGCCAGAAUACGAAACAUAUGUCGACGAUGCACGGCGCGGAUGGUUGGAAUUCCUCGGUCAGGCUCAAAACUGGAAGGCAGUCCCGGCCCGAGAAUGCUUUAGCGCCUACGACACAGCAUUUGUUUCCAGAAACCGAAAUGUCGCUGUGGUUUUAUACGGCAACAGCAGUGAGGCACUCUUGGAUGGCUAUAUGGUCGACGCAUCGGCGCCCACUAGCCGGGAGUGGCUCAGCCGUCCGUUUUCGACAUUGAUAUUGGCGAUCGUUGUCGGGUGUAACGCGGUGAAAGCUAUCUGCAUGACCCUCACGCUGCUCGAUCCAAACUUCAUCCUGCUGGUCACCAAUGGCGACGCAAUCCGGAGUUUCCUGUUGAAGCCGGAUCCGAACACUGCUGGAAUAUGCUACGCCGACAAGCAGUACAUCGUGGCCCAGCGGAAGGCUGGAAUACCGUGGAACAGCGGAGAUUCGCGGCCGCAACCAUGGAAACGCCACUCAUACCACUACCAUUGGCGGAAUGCCGUCAGUCUCAGGCGCCUGAUGGCCGUGGGGAUUCUGCUGUGGCGAGCCGUCCAGGAGGAUAGGUUCAACUAUACUUCCAAUACGAUCAAAGACAUCUGGAACCGUGGGUUCGACCAAACGAUCCUCUCCUUCCUCUACCUCCUGUACAAUGCACUUUUCACGAGCAUGCUAUCGGCCCUCGAAUGGAACAGUUAUGCCAAUUCUCGAAAGCCACUGCGAGUCACCAACCCGCGGUCGGGCCAGCGAAGCUCAUACUACCUCCAACUGCCGUACCGCUUCGCCCUCACUCUCAUGCUUCUCUCGGGGAUCCUCCACUGGAUCACCUCUCAAGCGAUAUUCCUGGCACGGAUCGAGAUAUACCCCGUCGAUCUGCUGAAGCUGCAGGCGGUCGAGGCCGGGCACUCCACGCUCUCGGUGGCGUGCUUCAGCACCGUUGCUAUAAUCGUGUCUCUGCCCGUAGGGUCCCUGACGGUAGUCGCAGUGAUCCUCAUGGGCCUGCGGAAGUAUCGUUACCACAUGCCGAUUCCGAGCGGCUGUUCGGCGGCUAUCAGCGCGGCUUGCCAUCUGCUGGACGCGGACGAGAUUAUGAGGGAGGAAAUCGUAUCGAGCCCGUUGCAGUGGGGGGAUGUCGAUUUUGGCUCUGUGAAUCGAGAAGGAAGAAUAGGGCAUUUGACGUUCUCGGCCCAUCCAGUCGGCGAGCCGGUAGAAGGGAAGGAGUACGCAGGGUCAUGGGCAAGACGGGAAGCGCUGCGGUGAUGGAGGCGGAUGAUCAGAGGUAGCGGAACAGCGUGUUUGGUAGUAGUCCGUUCGGACAUCGGAAUCAAGUACAUACGACUCGGUCUUUAAAUGGAGCGGACUCGAUUGGAUCACUCGUAACUGGUUGUGCCGUCCAGCAGCUGAUCGCGGCCAACUUCUGAGUCCACACGGGUGGCAUUCCUGCUAGUACAGGAGGCCUAUGAGACUUGUGGCUCUGAGCUUCUGGCUUCAGGCGACGAUGAUCCGCAUUCACGAUAGACUAUCGUAUAUGCCGCCGGACGCACAUACAUUCGAACCACGGAC